CGGACGGCAAUGCCCGCUCCGACAACGAGGAAUGGGUACAUCCGGAUAGAUUGCUACGGCGGGCUCAACCAGCUGCGGCGCGACCUAUGCGAUGGGAUUGCGGUGGCACGUCUUCUGAACGCGACGAUGGUUCUGCCCAAGUUCCAGGUUGCUGCAUACUGGAACGAGUCUAGUGGUUUUGCAGAUGUGUUUGACGUUGAUUACUUCAUUGAGCAGACCAGAGGCUAUGUGGAAGUGGUGAAGGAGAUGCCUGAGGAGAUAUCGCUGAAAGAGCCCGUUAACGUUGAUUGCCGAAAACGGAAAGGGCAUUUUGAUUAUGUCGAAACAGUGCUCCCGGCUCUUUUGGAGCAUCGCUAUAUUUCUCUGACACCUGCUGUGAGCCAAAGAAAAGAUAGAUAUCCAUCAUAUGCGAAAGCUUCUUACUGCCAAGGUUGCUACAAUGCACUCCAGCUGAACAAGAUGGUGGAAGCCAAAGCUAUUGAGCUUCUCGAAGCCAUACCAAAACCUUUCUUAUCCCUUCACCUUAGAUUUGAACCAGAUAUGGUUGCCUACAGUCGAUGUGAAUAUAGUAGACUUUCCUCCAAAUCAAUGGAAGCAAUUGAAGCUGCACGUGGGCAAGAUAGGAAUGUCUUGAUUGGUGAUGCUGCUCGCCUGUGGAGGAACCGAGGAAAGUGCCCUCUAACACCAAAUGAAACAGCCUUUAUCCUCCAAGCACUAGGAAUUCCUACAGAGACAAACAUUUAUUUAGCUGCUGGCGAUGGCUUAAUGGAACUAGAUGGAUUCACUUCAGUCUACAAAAAUAUGUAUACUAAAUCGUCUCUCCUGACCCAUGAAGAUUUUGAGAGGAUGCACGGCAAUACAAAAGCUGCUCUCGACUACUAUGUUUCAGUUAACAGUGAUGCUUACGUUGCCACGUUCUUUGGAAAUAUGGAUAAGAUGGUAACUGCAAUGAGAACAGUGCAAGGGCUACAGAAGACUUUGGUCUUGAGUAGGAGGGCCUUCGCAAACUACACGGCUGCUGGACUGGCAGAGGACCAACUAGCUAAGGCCAUGUGGGAUGCUCAUCGAGAAGACUAUAUCAUGGGGAGGGGAUCAGCUCUGCCCGAGCAUUGCUUCUGUGAGUUCAAGUUGUAGCACAUAUGAGCCCAUAUAACACGAAGGCUUACUCUAUGCAGCCACCUUCGCAUCAGAAGCAACUUAUGCAUCAGGUUGUUAUUGAGUUGCUGUUGCAAUGAGAGUAAUGCGCAGGUUUUGGAAGAAACUAUUCUUCAUCACAGGGGACUUUUCAAGCUGCCGAGUGUCUUAGUUCAGAGGGCUGCUGUCACUUAUACAGGGAUACAUCAUGGCCUGUCCUUCUCCUGGAUACUUUUUUCGAACAUGUGGGCUUUUUAGACUGCCACUGGAAUGGAGGGUACAUGACAAUUGGCAGUUCAGUUGCCUUAUUUUCAGUUAGGCAGUUAAAGAGUAGAUGGAAGUAUAGCCUUCCCUUCUUUAUUCAGUUAGUCACAAUGCAUGAAUCGUGCUAUUCCUUUACCCUUUGAGAGGGAGAUUACUUACUGCAUUUGAGAUGCAUUGUAUCCCUUCCUUCUCCCGUCUCCACUUGUCGUUGUGUACGUCGAUAUGGUCUCUAAUGUAUUACCACCUUUCACCAUAGUUUUACAUUUUCACAAGUUAUUGGCAAUCCCUAGCUGAAUAUAUAUGUGUAGACAAGUAGUUUGAAAAUUUUAGUUUCAGCAUAUUGCUCAUAGU